CCAGCCGUCUGGUUUCCUAGGAAACAAAAUCUUGGCUAGAAAUAGUGAAUCAUUUCCAGGUCACUUUCAACAUGGAGAGUGGAGCAGGGAAGCAUUGGACUGAGGAGGAGGUUAAAGCCUUGUUAAGCGUCUGGUCAGAAAAAAAUAUCAGAAAGCAACUGCACGGCACCCUGAGGAAUAAAGGAAUAUUUAUCUACAUUGCUAAAAGGUUACAGGAGUUGGGAGUGUGCAGGGACUGGAAACAGUGCCGCGCAAAGUACAAAAACCUGAAGUACGAAUACAGAACGGUUAAAUAUGCCCACAACUCUGGGGAUGUCACUAAAACCAUGAAGUUUUUCCAUGAUCUGGAUGCCAUAUUGCGAUAUGAGCCUGUCACACAAUUAGCAGCAGAAGAAAACGGCAGGUGUUCUGCGACUGAGACGCAGCUGAACACAAGCCCCACAACAGACAGCAUGCAAGGUGAAAUACCAGUUUCUUUAGAAGAUGAUGAGGAUGCUCCAGGAGAUCCACUACUUUUUAUAUCUCAUGCCAGACCAGUUCAACUAGUACUCUUCUCCUCUCUAAUGUCUGAAGGACAAAGAAGCUCAUCAGUUGUUCCCAAAGGUGUUACAGGUAAUCCAGCGUCAGCAGUAGAGGCUUCCAAACCACCGGCUUUUAUUCCUACAGUAGCAAAUGAAGGAGGAAAACACUGGACUGUUAAUGAAGUCAGAGCUUUGAUACACAUAUGGUCAGACAAAAAUAUCCAGCAACAACUAGAGGGGACAGUGAGAAAUAAAAGAAUAUUUGAACAGGUUGCUGCUAGACUUCAAAAGUUUGGAAUUGACAGGGACUGGAAACAGUGCAGGACAAAAUACAAAAAUCUGAAACAUGAGUACAAGAGCAUAAAAAGUGCCCAAGACUCAGGGAGUACAAGUAAAAGUAUGAAAUUUUUUAAUGAACUGGAUGCUAUUCUGGGGCACUGCACCAUGGAACAAGCAAGUAAAUCAGAUAAUGAUGAAAGUGAGAGGCCUUCAGAAUGGACAGAAGCAAAAUCAGAAAAGGAUUCCUUAGAAAUGCCUGGAGACACAGGUGAAGAGGACUCUGUUAGUAAUAUGUCAGAAGACCUACAGGUUGCAGAUACAAAGAAAGUUUCUGAUUCAGAUGAUGUUACUGUAAAUACUACUCCAGAGAAUCGGGCAGCUCUGCAUAUAAUGAAAGAAACAGCUAUGACAAAAAUCCUUGAAGAUGAGGGGGACUUUGCCAACUCCACCCCAGUAGCUCUGGAAGCUACACAAGUAAAGAAGGAGAUGAUUGAUAUAGAUGAUGAUUCUAUAAGCACUACCUCAGAAGACAGAUCUUGUACACCAGUAGCAAAACGGAUGGUUGGGACAGACAAUCACAUUCCCUUGGAAGAAGCACAAAAUCACUUUAAAGUUAUUACAGUUAAUGAUACUGGAGCAGGAAAACACUGGAGUGAUAAUGAAGUUAGGGCUCUGAUAAACAUAUGGUCAGAUGAAAAGAUACAACAGAUGCUUGAAGGGGCCACAAGAAAUAAAGAAAUAUUUGAGGAAAUUGCCAGAAGGUUAAUGAAACGUGGUAUAGACAGAGACUGGAAACAAUGUCGCACAAAGUACAAGAACUUGAAAUAUGAAUACCGUGCACUGCAGAAAGAAAAUGAGCACCUUGGAAAUCCCAAAAGAAAAAUGAGAUUUUAUGAUGAAGUUGACUGUAUCUUAAGAAGACAGCCUCUCGGAACCUCAGGCUGGGGAUGUGAAAGCUCAAGUCCCCUAUCAGUUUCAGUGGCAGAUGCUGCAGCAAACACGGGAUCUUUGAGUAUCAAGAGGAAAACAUGGAAUGAUGAAGUGUCACCUGUUCCACUUAAGAAAAGUGCUUCUGAAAACACCAUAUUCCACUUCCAAAAACUGUUAACAGAGAGAGUGCAUACAGUAACAGAAGGCAAAAAGUUACUGUUUGAAAGGCUUUGUAAGCAGGAAGAAAUGCAAGACCUCAACAGAACACAGCUGUAUGCUGAUCCAUCAGCCGUACAACAGUGUACUCCAGCAAAACAACUUUCUGGAUCUCAGUCAUGUUUGGGCAUAGACCUACACAGCCCUGCCAAAGCCAGGGAACUACCACAGGACUGCAGUGGUUUGGGAGAAGAGCCUUUCUUAGACCUAGAUCCUCAACAGACAACAGAAGAGCCAGACCAAGUCAUCAUGUCCAUGCAACUAAUCCUGGGAAUCUUAACAUAAAUUACAUCAUGAAAACGUUCCAGCUUGAUAAUCAAAACCACGUAAUGAUGGCAAGAGCAUCAAUCAUACAAAUAACAGAGAUUUUUUUUUCUCCCUCCUCAAAUAUCUGCAUUAUUGCCAGAGGGCCAUUAAGAUUAGUAUGAGGACAAAUCUGUCUCCUUCCCAGUUUGCAAAUAGCAGUACUGAGAUUUUUGAGUUGUAGCAGACAAAUGGAACUAUUACCACUCUGACCUGCAUUAAAAAGCUUCAUUUUUCUCUAAAGCACACUCAUUCACUAAGAUGAAUGGGUCACUUCACACAUCUUUGAUAGCGGUGUUAUUUUGUAAAGUCCUCUGAAUGCCUUUUUAGGUUAUUGGAGAAACUGUUUGGGCCAAAGGCUUUGAGAAUGAGCUUCAGGAAGGAGAAAUGCUUGCAAUGAUGGUGGAUCCACAAGCACUAUCUGCAUAAUUGGCUUUAAAGACUGCCUUCAGAAUCAUCCUUUGUUUCUUACCAGCUAGGUCUCCUUUGAAUUGGCACAAGUAUCCAUAUGGCCAAGUGGCUAAACAACUGAUUUACAUUAAAACUAAUCUAAUAAAAAGCCCCUCCAAACAACCCUGCUUUUUUUUUUUCCCCCCAAGGGAAUGGUAAUGCAAGACAUAGCAGAUAGUGAAGCCAGGAGAAUUUAUAUGAACUGCACUACCCAGUGAUAACACAG